AUGGAGGAUUUGGAUAAUUUUAACAUAAAUGUACAGGUGCUCGAUAGGAGAAUAGAUAAGCUUGUUGAGGAAAUCAAAAAGGCUGGAGCACAGUCCACUUGGGAAAGUGGAGGAUCUAGCAUGGUGUUUAAGAAAGUGGAUUUAUUGUAUGCAGAUAUAUGUAAGAGUAAGAUAAUCAAUGGGAAAACAGCUGUGAGGGUGUUUAAUGUUAAUAUGCAGCUUAGGAGGGUGAACCCAUGUAAAUAUGUGUAUUGGUGUGUGUUUCCCCCUUUGUUGGAUGCUGCAGCAGCUGGUUUGUCCCAGGCACUUAUUAACUUCGAUAUAUUGAUGUAUUUGUUUACUGGGUGUGUCUCUCAAUAA